GGAUCGAUUUCCGGCGGAUUUCCAGGAGCGCAGAAUAUGGCGUUGAGAUCGAUUUGUCGGCUGUCAAUUGAUUCGACCUUCAGGCAGUCGAGCCAUUUCGUAGCCACCGCCCGCUCGAGACGACCGUCCUUCGACACGCUCUUACGAAGCUUUGCCGCAGCAGCUAAGGACAUGGCACUGCCACGCGUUUACUUCGACAUGACCGCGGACGACAAGCCCGUGGGUCGCAUCGUGAUGGAGUUGAGGAAGGAUGUUGUCCCUAAAACGGCGGAGAACUUUCGUGCUCUUUGCACUGGAGAGAAGGGUUUUGGCUACAAGGGUAGCAGUUUCCACAGGGUGAUCCCAAAUUUCAUGUGCCAAGGUGGCGAUUUUACUAACCACAAUGGUACUGGUGGUAAAUCGAUUUAUGGUGCCAGAUUUGACGAUGAGAACUUUAAGCUCACUCAUAGCGAGCCUGGUAUACUUUCUAUGGCGAAUGCUGGGCCCAAUACCAAUGGCAGUCAGUUCUUCAUCACCAGUGCCAAGACCAGUUGGCUUGAUGGAAAACAUGUUGUGUUCGGAAAAGUUAUCGAAGGAAUGGAUGUUGUUAGAAAAUUGGAGGCCAUGGGUUCUCAGAGUGGCAAAACUACCAAAAAGAUCAUAAUAGCAGACUGUGGAGAAUAUUAGAUCAACUAGAUACUGUAAUGAAUGCAUUUUUAUUUAGCUGUUGCAUACAUAUUUACUGUCUUUAUUGCCCUACUUUAUCCAUUUUCAAUGAUCACAAUUCUCUCAUCAAUGCUAAUAAUUUCUCUGAUUGAACACGGAUUGAAAGCUUCAAUGUAAAAACAAACGAAAUUGCUUGAAUUGUUUUUUUUUUUUUAAUUUAAGCUUAUUUUAGUUUUUAUUAGGUGAUAGAAAAUUCUUUGCUUUUUUCUUUUUAAUGAGAAGAAUCUAUCAAUUCCAAGCACUUUUCUGUGCUUUGUUAUACGAUGAAUACAAUCUGUGUUUUUUUU